CAUGGCGUCGGAAGGUGAGCAGAAGAAACGUUCGCAUGACGAAACGGCGGAACGCGGUGGUCAGGAGGAGGAAGAGGACGCCUGGGUCGGACCUCUGCCUGCCGAGGCCGCCAAGCCAAAGAAGAGAAAAGUGUUAGAGUUUGAGCAGAUCUACCUGGACAACCUGCCGAAUGCAGAGUCAUACGAGAGAAGCUACAUGCACAGAGAUGUCAUCACAUAUGUCGCAGUCUCCAAGGGUAUUGUUGGCAGUUCUGACAGGACAGACUUUAUCCUGACAGCCAGUUGUGACGGUCACCUGAAGUUCUGGAAGAAAGCAGACGAAGGCAUCGAGUUUGUCAAACACUUCAGAGUUCACUUGGGAAAUGUGGAGUGUCUGGCAGUCAGUACUGACGGUACCAUGGCCUGCACAGUGUCUGAUGACCAGGCUAUGAAGGUGUUUGAUGUCAUCAACUUUGACAUGAUCAACAUGAUGAAGCUGGGAUAUCAUCCUGGAGUCGCAGAGUGGAUCUUCAAGUCAGGAGAUCCCAUCUGUGCUGUGGCAUGUACUGAGAAGAAGUCGGGAGUCAUUCACAUCUAUGACGGGAGGUCAGCCACGCGGCUCCACACCCUUCCCAAGAUGCACUCUGCCCGGGUGUUAUUCAUGAAGUACAACCCGGUGUAUGAUGUAGUUGUGUCGGCGGAUGAGACCGGUAUGGUGGACUACUGGUCAGGCCCUGCAGGAGAAUACAAGUUCCCCAAAAAUGUCGGCUUUGAGUACAAGACAGACACAAGUCUGUAUGAGUUUGCCAAGUGCAAAACACUUCCCAUUUCCCUAGCUUUCUCACCAGAUGGAAAGAGAUUUGCCACAAUUGCCAGAGACAGAAAGGUGAGAGUCUUCAAGUUCCUGACUGGGAAGUUGAUCAGAGUCUUUGAUGAAUCCUUACAGGUUUUCACAGAAAUGCAACAGAUGAGACAACAGCUUCCUAACAUGGAGUUUGGCAGACGUAUGGCUGUGGAGAGGGACAUUGAGAAGUCUACUGCACAGUACCUGGCCAACAUCAUUUUUGAUGAAAGUGGUCAUUUCAUAUUGUAUUCCACCAUGCUGGGCAUCAAAGUUAUCAACCUUCACACCAAUAAGUGUGUCCGAGUCAUUGGCAAGCCAGAGAAUGUCCGGUUCAUGCAGCUGGCCAUAUUCCAGGGGUCGUCCAAGAAGCCCAAAGCCCACGUCACAGUGGAGCUGCGCGCCUCGGACAACCCCUCGCUACAGAACACUGACCUGGACCCCAUCCUGUUCUGUACUGCCUACAAGAAGAACAGGUUCUACUUGUUCUCUAAAAGAGAGGGGAGGACAAGUGAUGACUCUGAGCGUGACAUCUUCAAUGAGAAACCUUCAAAGGAUGAAAUUAUGGCUGCUACACAGUCCUCCACAUCCCAGAGAGUUGCUGAGUCAGCAGUCCUGCACACAGUGCUGGGAGACAUUGUCAUCAAACUCUUCCCACUCGAGUGUCCUAAGACAGUGGAGAACUUCUGUGUUCACACCAGGAACGGUUUCUACAACGGACACAUCUUCCACAGGGUCAUCAAGAGCUUCAUGAUACAGACAGGCGACCCCACAGGGACUGGAACAGGAGGGGAGUCGAUCUGGGGAGGGGAGUUUGAGGAUGAGUUCCACCCCAAACUGAAGCACGACCGGCCCUACACCCUCAGUAUGGCCAACGCAGGACCCAACACCAAUGGAUCGCAAUUCUUCAUCACCGUCGUACCAACACCCUGGUUGGAUAACAAGCACACAGUGUUUGGACGUGUGGUCAAGGGAAUGGAGGUGGUCAACAAAAUCAGCCAAGUCAAAACACACCCCAAAACUGACAAGCCUUAUGAAGACAUCAGUAUCAUCAGUAUCACACUUAAAUAGAUUAAACCGUUCAUAUGUGUGGAUGUUGUAUGAUAUACUGUAACUACAGUUAUAAAUGGAUGGACCUUUCUCAUAAUGUAGAUUUGCCACUAACUUACC